AUGCCGCCCCGCCACCUCCUACGCCUCUCCGCCGCCGUCUCCGGCGGCCUCCGCCGCUCCCUCACCACCGCGGCCUCGCACCCCCCGUGGGCCGCGAUGUGCCACUCGGCGUGGACCGUCGGGGCGCCGAGCGCGCAGGUGCGCCUCGCCGAGCCACCGCGCAUCUCCGAAGUGUACGUCCCGGAGCAGCUCCUCAAGACCGGCCCCCUCCCCGACCCCGACGGCGACUUCGUGCAAGGGCAUGGCGGCGCCGUCUGCGCCGCGAGCGCCGACGGCCUCCUCCUCGUCGUCUACGCGGAGACGCGCCUGUUUGCUCGCAUCGUCGCCAGGCAGGGCGGCCGUCCGCUGCGGCUGCCACCCCAAACCGACGCCCUCAAGUGCAUCGACCCCGACCACGUCCCCAACGUCACGCGCUUCGUCCUCAACCCUCUCACGCACCAGAUAACCCGCCUCCCGGACCGUGUCACCAAGUUCGAGGUCUCCCCGCUUUUCAACCUCCGCAUGGGCCUCCUCACCCAGGCCGAUCGCGGGCACGGGCCGCCUGACAGGUUCGCCGUCGCCGAGCUGCAGGAGGAGAACCUCAUGCUCCGGUUUCUCUCGGAAAAGGGCAGGUGGGAGAACGUGGCGGUCUCGCCGUGCCAACCCCCGUCUGCGCGGCGAAUGAAGAUAGACCAGCCGGCGCUGGCAUUCGGCGGCCGCCUGUGGUGGGUCGACGUGACCUGGGGCGCAGUCUCCGCCGACCCGUUCAUUGAUCGGCCGGAGCUCUCCUUCAUCGAGCUGCCGAGGGGCAGCGUGCUGCCUGCAAGGAGCCCGCUGCCUGAAGCCGAUGGCGAGAUGUCUUGGCGUGAGUACCGGCGCGUGGAUGCAAGCCAAGGGCGGCUGCGAUACGUCGAGGUCUCUCAAAAGGAACCGUUUCUUCUCAGCUCCUUUGUGCUCGACAACAAUGGCACCGGCUGGACACUGGAGCACCGGGUGGCGCUCAGCAAGCUCUGGGCCGAUGGAGGCCACCCAUGGCUGCCCUUACCGGCGGGGAAGACGCCACAAAUUGAGCUUCUUGACCCACUUAACGCCAAUGUGGUGUACCUCACGGUUGACAAGAAACACGUUAUCGUCGUGGACAUGAACAUGAAGAAGGUGAUUGGGAGCUAUCUGUAUGGAAGGGACUUCUCGGUGCCAUGUGUUCUUCCUCCGUGGCUUGGAUCGAGCCGGAUCCCUUCUGCAGGUAAGGACACCGGGAAACACAAGACUCUGUCAGACGUGUUGGUUCGCUCAGACAUCCAGUAG